AUGCCGCCACAGAACGACUACUUCUUCUCCCGGCCCAUGGACAUGGGCCUCGUCACCGACCACGCACUGCAGAGGGCCCUGUGGGAACGGGUCUUCUCCAAGAGCUACCUCAACGUCGACUUCAAAGACUCGGCGCUGCUCCUGACCGAGGCCCCGCAGACGCCGAGAAGCGUGACGGAGAAGACUGUCGAGGUGCUGUUUGAGGAGUACGGCUUCAGCCGUGUGUGUCUAUGGCCUGCGGCUGCUCUGGUGCCCCACUACUACCGCAAGAAGAGGGGCAUUGGGGGCGAAAACCCCUGCUCCCUGGUGGUAGACUGCGGUGCGUCGUCCUGCCUGGCUGUGCCGGUGUUUGAGAACGAGAUGGUCCCCUUGGCCACGCGCCGGCUGGACGUGGGCGGGGACCUCCUGACCACCCACCUCACCAAUGUCCUCAUGAACACGCAGAAGGAGAAGGAGAAGCAGAACUGGCUGCGAGACAAAUUCCUCAUCAGCGAACAUGUGAGCAGAGCAGAGAGGAAAGGGUCUUUGUGUGUGUCAAACCGAUGGUCAUCGCCAUGUCGUGCCUUUUCUCUUUGUGCAGGUGAAGCAGUCGUGCUGUUUCGUUGCUGAAGAUUUUGUGGGCACGAUGGAUCUUGCCAAGCGAGAGCUGGACGACGCCCGGCCCUCCAUCUCAGCGGCUGGCGCCCUCAUCCACGCCUCACGCACCCGCCGAUUCGCCACACACCUCUUCUGCGAAUACGUCCUGCCAAACGCUGAAGCGGGACGGGUGAGAAGUCUCUCGCACACACCAAGUGUCUGUUCCACUCAACCCACUGCCAUUGCCUUUGUGUGUGUCCAGGAGGGAUACGCGUACAUCCCAGGCCGCAAUCGGCAGGGCAUCCCCCCACCCCCCGGCGGCCCCCUGCAGCCCUUCCCCCCAACCUUCAGCCCACCUUCAGUCGACAGCAGCGACAGGAAGCGCAAGCGCAACAAGAGGGGGCCGGUCAGGCGGAGCGCGCGAGAGAGGAGGCGGCGGCAUGAUGACGACGAGGAGGACUAUGACCCCGACGAGGACGGCGAUCAGGAGGAGGGGUGUGGGGCGGAUGACAUGGGGGAGGAGAGCCCUGCUGCCGCUGCUGGUGAGGGGGGGCUGGGGUGUAUGGAUGUGGUGAACGAUGAGGGGUCGAGUGGCGGUGGUGGUGGUGGGUUUGAUGCAGCCAAGUGGUGUGAGCGGUGGCCGCCGCCCGAUGACGACGAGACCCACGUGCUGAGGCUCAACAACGAGCGCAUUCUCAUUCCUGAGAUACUCUUCAGGCCAUCAGGUACACACACACGCUGCCCACACGAUAUCACAAAAAGGGACGGGCAAUGUGUGUUGUGUGUGUGUGUGUGCGUGUGUGUGUGGUUGCAGACAUGUGUUUGAGCGACAAGGACCUGAAGGAGUACAAGAUCGGUCCCCACGUGCAGCACCAGUGGGGCCUGCCCGAGACCAUCCAGCGGGCCAUCUACGCCUCGCCCCCGGAGCUGCAGCCGCACCUCCCCGCCUGCAUCCUCCUCGCGGGCGGCACCACCAAGCUGCCCCACUUCAAGCAACGACUAAUGCGCGACCUCCGCCCCAUGCUGCCUCAGGCAAGCCCAGCCGAUCCAUGUGUCCGUCCAUGUGUGUGUGUGGUUGGUGUGUGUUUGUGCAGGAGUGGUUGAUAGAGAUGCACCACUGCAGCGAGCCGGAGCUGUGCGCGUGGCGUGGCGGGAGUGUGUUUGCGACGUCGGGUGACUUCUACCCCAACUCGAUGAGUAGGCGCGAGUACUUUGAGGGUGUGGAGGAGGCCAAGAGGGCCGCUGCCGGUGCCAGAGGCAGAGGCAGGGGAUAGAUAGGUUGUGGGAG